CACAAACACAUCUUCCCAAGCACGGCCUUCGCCUCCCCCACUCCCAUUCCCACUCCCAAAUCUUUCACUGUGUUAUAGAGAGAGAGAAGAGAGAGAGAGAGACGAAAACUGCGACGCUCUCUAUAUACAUCUCAUCCAAUUGUCUACAUAUAUCCACCUUCCCCGUUGAUCGGCCGUCGAUCGAUUCCGACGUCUCCCGGGCAUUCUUCUCUCUCCCGCUUGAUUCACAGUGAGUCUAUCUCUCCCUACGCGAUAAGAUACGUAUGUUGUAUAUGUACACGCCCGCGCGCCUUCGUAUCACUGCUUAAUUUCGUGUUUAUGUACAUAGAGAAGAGAUAGAUGCAUAUAUAUGCAUGUCAGUGAAUUGGCAUAGGGGAAAUUGAUGGGGCACAAGAAGCGACCGAUCGCUCCUCGCUCCAAACCCUCAGUUGCGCCGGUGGAGGUUGCGGCCGUUGCAGUCGACGAGGCGGCGCCACCGGCACCGCUCGAAUCGGACACAAGCGCGGUUUUGGUUCAGGAGAAAUCCUUGAUUCGGCAUGACCAGGCAGUGGUUGAAUCGGAGACGAAUGCUUCGUCGUCUUAUGCUAAUAUCAAGCUCGAAUGCGAGCGGGCUCUCACGUCCCUGCGUAGAGGGAACCACAACAAAGCCCUAAGGUUGAUGAAGGACUUGUGCGCCAAGCAUGAGAACUCGCCCAACUUGGCCUUGAUUUACCGGGUCCAGGGCACGGUUUGUGUUAAAGUGGCAUCUAUUAUUGAUGAUCCCAACGUGAAGAACAGGCAUUUGAAGAAUGCCAUUGACAGUGCUAGGAAGUCUGUGAUGAUGUCCCCUAAUUCUAUUGAGUUUGCACAUUUCUAUGCAAAUUUGUUGUAUGAGGCUGCAAAUGAUGGGAAGGAAUAUGAGGAGGUUGUCCAGGAGUGUGAGAGGGCAUUGGCAAUUGAAAACCCAAUUGAUCCUGCAAAAGAGAGCUUACAGGAGAAUCAACAGAAGGUAUCCACGCCGGAGGCUCGGAUAGCCCAUGUACAAGGUGAGCUAAGGAAUUUGAUUCAGAGAUCUAACCUUGCAUCCAUUUCUACUUGGGUGAAAAACUUUGGAAGUGGUGAGGAGAAGUUCAGGUUGAUACCAAUUAGGAGGAUGUCAGAGGACCCCAUGGAGUUAAGAUUAGUACAGGCAAGAAAGCCCAAUGAAAUUAAGAAGGCCACUAAGACACCUGAAGAAAGAAGGAAAGAGAUUGAGGUUCGAGUGGCUGCCGCAAGACUAUUGCAGCAGAAGUCGGAAUCAGCUCAGUCAUUUAAUGAUGGGGAAAGGAGCUUAGACUUAUCAGCUGGGACAGGGCAGAGGGGAAAUGAGAGAAGGAAGAGUGGAAAUGCCAGGAAGAAUGUGUCUUCCAUGGAGAGAAGGGACUGUGUGCGGUCCUAUUGGAAUUCAAUGAGUACAGAUAUGAAGAAAAAAUUGCUUAGGAUUAGGAUUGUGGACCUCAAAUCCCAUUUCGGUUCUUUGAAGGAUGGGUUGGCAAAUGAAGUAUUAUCUGAAGCUUUAUCAUUUGCUGAAGCUAAUAAAGCAUGGAAAUUUUGGACAUGUUGCCACUGUGUUGAAAGAUUUGCAGACUCUGAAUCUCAUAUUCAGCAUGUCAUAAAUGAGCACAUGUGUAGUUUGUCUCCUAAGCUGCAGUCAGUUUUGCCUCAAAAUGUGGAGAAUGAGUGGGUUGAGAUGCUUCUCAACUGUUCUUGGAAACCCUUAGAUAUUAAUGCUGCAGCAAAACUGCUUGAGAAACAAUUAAAAUGCCGGGUGCAUGGUUUUCUAGAAAACACAUAUACAAGGAGUGACAUGGAUGAGUCUAAAGAUGAUAUUUCUGACCCCUAUUGUAAUGUAUAUGGGUGGGAUCGAUCACCUAUAAAGAAGACAUUUGGAGAUGGAUGCAAUGGAACUACUGUUGACAGUAGAGAAUAUGAUAAGAACUCGGAAGUUUGGAUGGACCGUGAUGGCAAUGAAGGCACUAAGAUUUGUCCUCCCUCUGAAAGCUGGCCAAUAGCCGAUGACCCUGAACGUGCAAAGCUUCUUGAAAGGAUAAAUGUUGUAUUCCAAACACUGAUUAAAAACAAAUAUCUUGGUUCUAGUCAUCUGAGCAAGGUUAUACAUUUUGCAGUAGAGGAGCUCCAGAGUCUUGGUUAUGGAUCUCAGCUGCUCAACUACAAUAUUGAUCAAACUCCCUUGUGUAUUUGUUUUUUGGGUGCUCCAGAACUUAAGAAAAUUCUGAAAUUUCUUCAGGAGCUUUCUCAUUCUUGUGGUCUCGGUAGGUAUCCUGAGAGAAGUACUGCCAUAGAUGAUAUUAGUACUGGCAUUCAGGGAGUUGAUGCUAUGGAGAAAAUAGUUUUCAGCGAGGAUGGUUCAUGUUUAUUGUUUGACGAGCAUUUCAAGCCAUGCAAGCUUACUCCCAUCACGUUUCAUGAUGGAGUUGUUACUGAUUCUAAUCCUAAUUCUGCAGCAAUUUCUUCUAAUAUCCAAUGUGACAAUGGAGGCUUACUUGAUUCUGAUGAAUUGUUAUCAUGGAUAUUUAUGGGCACAUCAAGUGGCGAGCAGUUGACAUCCUGGUCACGUUCAAGAGAAGAGAAAGCCCAACAGGCUAUGGAAAUUGUAAGAUUACUUGAGAAGGAAUUUUAUGAACUUCAGGGCUUGUGUGAGAGAAAAUGUGAGCAUUUAAAUUAUGAGGAGGCUUUACAGGUGGUAGAAGAUCUCUGUUUAGAAGAGGGUAAGAAAAGGGAGCACACAAUAGAUUUUGUCCGCCGAAGUUAUGAUAUUGCCUUGAAGAAGCGGCGAGAUGAACUCAUGGAAAGUCAUCAUGAGGCUACUAGUACCAACUACAGGUUUGAGAUUGAAGCCAUUUCAAGUGUUCUAAAAGACGCAGAAUCUCUUAAUGUUAAUCAGUUUGGAUUUGAAGAUACAUAUGGUGGAAUUUCAUCUCAUCUUUGUGAUUUGGAAUCUGGUGAAGAUGAUGAUUGGAGGGUGAAAGACUACCUUAAUCAGGCAGACUCAUGUGUAGAAGUUGCAAUACAGAGACAGAAGGAACAUGUCUCAGUUGAGCUGAGCAAAAUUGAUGCAAGAAUCAUGCGGGUAGUUAGUGGGAUGCAGCAGUUGGAAGUUAAGCUUGAAUCCGUGUCUGCCCAUGAUUAUAGACAGAUAUUAGUUCCUCUAGUGAAGUCAUAUCUGCGGGCCCACUUGGAGGAUCUAGCGGAGAGAGAUGCCACAGAGAAAUCUGAUGCUGCAAGAGAAGCAUUUCUGGCAGAACUUGCCCGUGAUUCCAAGAAGAGCUCAAAUGUAGGAAGUGAGAAUGCAAAACAUUCACAUGAAAAGACAAGGGAUAAGAAAAAGAUCAAGGAUUAUCGGAAAACCAAGGAUUUAAAGGGUUCUAAUGGGAAUGGAUUGCAUGCUCUUCACCAUGACACUGCUGAAGAGGCCUCGUUUUCAGUUGUUCAUGAUGGAGGCAGUGAAGAUGCUGAGCUUUCUAAUGGGGGGAGCAACUCUAUAACUCAGGAGGAGGAGGAGCAAAGACGCAGGAUUGAGCUUGAAGCAGAGGAAAGAAAGCUUGAAGAAACUUUGGAGUAUCAAAGACGAAUUGAGAAUGAGGCUAAACUAAAGCAUCUUGCUGAACAACAUAAAAAAGGUGCAAGAGCACUUCUGGAGUUGCCUGAAGCAGCGCCCAAUACUUUUUUGAAUUACAAUGAGCAAGAUCAUGUUGUCAAUAAGCAACAGGGAACUACCAAGAAGGAAUUGCUUCAGAGUAAUGGAUCUCCAUUGGAGGGCCAUCCAAAGAACUCCACAGUUUCAGAUAUACACAAAGCUGGAUUUUCUAAUGGAGGAUUUCUUGAGGAUGGUGCUUUGACUUCUGAUCGACGGGCAGGAAGACGAAGUAGGCGUCAGAAGGGUUCGGCAAAAUAUAAUGAAGAAAAGUGUCCACCAGUUACUUCUGGAGCAGAAAAUAUUGAAGUUGGUGAAGUGAGACCUGUGGAUGACUCACUAGAAAAAAAGCAUGCUGGAGAGAGUGGCCCGAAAACGUUGAGACAGCUGCAUGUGGAGGAUGAUGAUGAAGAAAGGUUUCAAGCUGAUCUUAUGAAAGCUGUACGACAAAGCCUUGACACAUUCCAUGCACAUCAAAAGUUACCCUUGAUACCUCGUUCUGGGACAGCACAGAUCUCAGAGAUGGCUAAUUUAGGGGUUUCAUGUGAGGAUGUUGCCACUGGGAUUGUUAAUGGAAUUGAAGUAUAUGGAACAGGGCUAAAGAAUGAAGUUGGUGAAUAUAAUUGCUUCCUAAAUGUAAUUAUUCAGUCAUUGUGGCAUCUAAGACGAUUUCGAGAUGAAUUCUUGAGAUCAUCUUCAGAGCAUAUUCAUGUUGGUGAUCCUUGUGUUGUAUGCGCUUUAUAUGAUAUCUUUACUGCUUUGAGCUUGGCAUCUUCUGAAACACGAAGAGAUGCUGUUGCUCCUAAUUCCCUGAGGAUUGCCCUGAGCAACCUGUAUCCUGAUAGGUUGCUCUUCCAGGAGGGCCAGAUGAACGAUGCUUCUGAGGUGCUGGGUGUAAUAUUUGAGUGCUUGCAUCAAUCAUUUACAUCAGCCUCAGGUGCUUCUGAUACAGAAUCAGUAGACAGCAGUUGUAUGGGCUCUUGGGAUUGUGCAAACAGUGCUUGUAUUGUACACUCUCUUUUUGGAAUGGAUGUUUUUGAACGGAUGAACUGCUACGAAUGUGGAUUAGAGUCUAGACAUCUGAAAUAUACCUCUUUUUUUCACAAUAUUAAUGCAAGUGCUCUCCGAACAAUGAAGGUUAUGUGUCAAGAUAGCUCCUUUGAUGAGCUUCUGAAUCUUGUAGAGAUGAACCACCAGUUGGCUUGUGAUCCAGAUGCUCGCGGAUGUGGGAAACAUAACCAUAUCCAUCAUUUCCUAUCAACUCCACCACAUGUUUUCACAACAGUUCUGGGUUGGCAGAAUACUUGUGAGAGUGUUGAAGACAUAACGGCAACAUUAGUGGCCUUAUCUACUGAGAUAGAUAUCAGUGUCCUUUAUCGUGGUCUUGAUCCAAAGAGCAAACAUUGCCUUGUUUCAGUGGUCUGCUACUAUGGACAGCAUUAUCACUGUUUUGCAUACAGUCAUGACCAUGAACGGUGGAUCAUGUAUGACGACAAGACUGUGAAGGUGAUUGGCAACUGGGCUGAUGUACUCACCAUGUGUGAAAGAGGGCAUUUGCAACCACAAGUCCUAUUCUUUGAAGCUUUAAACUAAUUCUGAUUGGAGAUUGAUAUAUAUAUCCAUGCAAUCAUUGCACGGAUGCGGUUCUUGGCCUGUACAAGGGCAAAAGUUUUUGAAGUAGUAUUUCAAGAUUGGAGAAUCACAGAAAGAUAAUGGAAGAGCAAGUAUAGCUAGCUGUUUUGGCCCUUGACUAUUUUACCUUCUGGAUCAAGUUUUGUGGGACCAUCAAUUUUUUUGUAAGAUCCAUGGAUCUUUCCAAUAAGGUGGUUCAGUUGAGCCAUUGAGGAAGAAGAAUUACUAGCCACUGGUUCCUGAGCUAUUAUGUAGGAGUUGGUAGACAUUUGCACUCACCGUCACCGAGGCUAUGAUAUUGACAUUAUUGCUGUACACAGGAAAUUCAAGGUAAAUUUGGUCAUCUUUAUACAUUUCCAAUAUAAGAAAGCUUUGUAUAGAUCCGAUCUUCAGUCUUCUAUAGCCUUCUAGCAAUGCAGUCUAUAAUACAUUCUCUUUUUCUUUUUCUUUUUUUCUUUUUUCUUUUUUGGAAGAAAGAUUUUGAAUGGAGUAGAUGCUUUUAUCAAAACCUGUAAGUUUUGAUGAUAAUGGAAGGGAGGGAUUCUCAAUGUUUUUCUAGCUGCUGCCCGUGGCUGCAAAGCUUUACCAGUAAUGCAAUAUUUCUGUUGA